AUGUCUGCGAACCAGGCAUGUGGUAGCAGCAGCAAUGCUACCCUAUUCCUUCGCGCCUACAGCGUAAACGGGACGGAUCAUUUCUAUACCACUGAUCAUGUUGAAAUGGAGGCUGCAGUCAGCUCAGAAGGCUAUACAUCCCAGGGCAACGCCGGCUGGGUCUUCACGACCCAGGUGGGAGCGACGAUUCCACUAUACCGCCUGUUCAACUCGGCGAUCACCGACCACUUCUACACAACGAACGAGACGGAGAGGGACAGUGCCAUUUCCCAAGACGGAUAUGUCUUCGAGGAGAUCGCUGCAUAUGUCUAUGCCACGCAGGUCUGCAACGGCAUCCCCCUGUACCGCCUCUACAGUUCGUCGCUCUCGGACCACUUCUAUACCAUUAAUGCGACCGAGAUGAACGUUGCGGCGACCACGGAGGAUUAUGUGGAGGAGGGAAUCCAGUGCUUUGUGUUGCCCAACGCAUUGGCCGAGUCCACGCAAUCAUCCACACAAUCACCCACGCAGUCAUCCGCGCAAUCAUCCCUGCAAACAUCUACACAAACACCCACGCAGACCCCCACACAGACGUCCACGCAGACUCCGACUCCGACUCCUGUUUCUGCGCCAAAAUCAACGGGGCAUGUGGCGGCCAUCGUCGCUCCGAUUGUUGCAGUAGUCUUUGUAUCGCUGGUCAUUGUCAUUUACCUCUGGUUCCAACGGCGCAAACGGGCAUUGCGCGCGAAGUCGGAGGCUCGCGGAGAUGGCGAAGUGCCGUCGGCGUCGCUACUGCCUACGAGCAAUUCAGUCGAUGCGGUACCUCAAGUGGGGAUACCGGUAGUAGACGCAGAAGUGUCCGGGGAGGACGCUCUGGAUCUGGACGUCGAACCGAAGCCAGAAGGCGAGAGAUACCUAUCAUUUGCAAAUAUUUCGUAUGCUCAUUCGCCCCCGCAGCGCUUUCAGCAGAGACUGAAUCGUUCCAGCUAA